GCAGGUCGGAGGGUCGCGUAACCCUGAUUCGUCAUCAUACCCUUGACACUAUACAGUGUUAAACAUUGCCAUGUCAAGGGAAGAAGACGACGAGGAAGAAGAGGAAGAAGAAGAAGAAGAAGGAGAAAAAGAAGAAGAGGAAGACGAAGAAGAAGAAGAAGAAGAAGAAGAAGAAGAAGAAGACGAGGAGGAAGACGACGACGAGGAAGAAGACGACAACGACGACGACGACGACGACGACGACGAAGAAGAAGAAGAAGAAGAAGAAGAAGAAGAAGAAGAAGAAGAAGAAGAAGAAGAAGAAGAAAAAGAAGAAGAAAAAGCUUACCUUCGUGGAGAUGGCUCGCGGCAGCACUCGAGGGAGUCGGCGGGAAGGCAGCAGGAGGACGACGACGGCGCGGCAGCAGGACGACAACGGCUCGCCAGCAGGACAAUGGCGACGGUGCAGGACGAUGAUGAGCUCGGCGAAGGGCGGGACGGUGGAGGGCGGAGGCCGAAGUGGGCAACGGGGGGGGCAGAUCGGCCCAGGAUUCGAAUUCGAAUCCUGGAAGCUACGGCCGCUGGCACGUCAAGAGGGGCAAGCAAUCGCCAAAGCAGUGCAGGGUGUGUGGCGAAGCAAGCAUACGACCCGACGUUGUAUGCUCACCUGCCUUCGCAUGAGAUUCCUCUACCGCCGUCGGAUGACGAGGGGGAAGAGCUGAGGUCGACGACUGUGCCGUUGGGAAGUGGCUCCACGCAGCAUUGGGCGGCAACGCAGUCGUACGGUGCCAGGCGAGCGGAGGCGACCAGGUCUUACACGUCACUGCUAAACGACGGCCUGUGUGAAGAUGAAGGCAAUGCACCGGUCGAUCUUAGCUUCCGGUUGUCGAGCAGCAGUGGAGCAGCGGCGACACACACUCGAAUCGUCGAUCCCUACCCAGAUGGAGGUUGGGCGGAGCAGUCGUCGGCAGCUCCCUGCGGGCGUGGAGACGACGGCCUCUCGCAAGCAUCCGGGGGCGGCGGGAAUAGAAAUGUGGCGUCGACGCAGGGCGGAGGACGAGGCGAUGUCCGCCAGCGGCCGGAUUGGAUGCGACUGUCACCUGCCUCACGAAGCGGUCCAGGGACUCCACCCGGACGGCAACGAGAGGACGACGGUUCCGCGUCUGGUGCGCAAGUGGAGCGGCACGGUAGGCAGUCGUGGGCGGAUGCGAGGCAGGCGUUGCGUCAAGCAGGAGCGGACACCAUAACGAGAGGGGUGCAAGAGCUCCACGUGGACGAAGGCGGCGAAGCGGCUGCUGAGGAACCAUUCAACUGCGACGACGUUGAUGAUGAAGAAGACUGCAACUCCGACGAAUUGCCUGAUGUUCGUCCUCUUGGGAGGAAGGUUUGGGGCGGCGGUGCGAGUGCGAAGAAAGGUUCCACUACGUCAAAUCGGAGGAAUAAGAGGAGGGAUGACGACACUGGCGGGAGCGAUGGCGAGGGCGGUCGCAAUUUCUGGCCGGUAGGAGACACGGUUACACUCGUCCGGGCGAAAAGGGAUCAAGACCUGUAUUUUGCGGGCAUGGGCCACAAUUUCGGGUGCAUGAAGACUAGGGAAUGGAGGUGGGAGGACGUCCGACAAAGGUUGGUAAAGUUGGGCGUCCAACGGAAGGCCGUCGACUGCGGCAAACUGAUGCAGCAGUUCAAGAAGGUUCACAAGUACCAAAACCUCUCCGGCGGGAAGGACUAUUUCAAGCUUGCUUCUUCGGCGAGGAGAUCGGAGGGUUUCAGCUUCGUCAUGGACCGGAGCGUUUUCGACGAGAUGGAGGCGAUGACGAAGGGGGAUCACACUAUCCACCCGAAGAAUUUGGCGGACACGGGGGCGCCGGGGGGGGUGCAGAUGCCGGCAGGAAUGAGGGCUGUGGGGGAUGACAUCGGCAGUGAGGGGGGAGGGGAGCCCGUCGAUGAAGUCCAGGGAUCGAUGAAAGAUUCUAGAUUCAGCGCCGGGAGCGGCGUCGCAACGGGGAAGAGGAAGAAUAUGAGACAACAAUCGUUUGAGGUAGUCACCGACGUGAUGAAGGAGCAUGGAACGCUUAUGACGACGACGAUGGACAAUGCGAGCAAGCGACAGUGCUCCAUGAUGUUACGACAGUGCCAGGUCCUUGAGAGCGAACUGGAGCUGCAAAGGGGACAUUAUGCUGCAGCCGAUGCGGCGAACACGAUGAUGUGUAACGCCCUUCUGGAGAUAGCGAAAGCAAUCCGCGAUAGAUCCGUCGUCGGCGAGACUUCAUUCGACGAUCGACGAGUCACUUCCAGCAAAUCCGAUCGGUCCGCCAACGUCACUUCCAGCCGUCUCCGCCACGUCAUCAUGUCUACGCGAGGGAACACCCUUGGCAAGAAACGCGACGCGCUUCCUGAAGACGGCGAAGGGCGGUUGAAGAAGGGGCGGCAUGUCCCCAAGGGGAAGAGGCUGCGUCCGGAGGAAGCUUCAGGAAGCGCUCCAAGCCGGAUCGCGCAAGGUUGGGUGGCAGCAGCCCAACGGGACGAUGACGACGAGUAUGCAUCCGGGGAAGAACGUGCCGAGGGAACGACGUCUGCAGUGCGGGAGAGUGGUCGGCAACGGUCGUCCGAUCAUAGCACUUCGAAGGGGAUGACCACCCCGCCGCCCGACGCCCUGCGAGUGCAAGGCCGCGACACGCGGACAGAGAAGGUCCCUGUCGUUGAUGUGGUCGAUCCGUCGGAUGACGAACCGUUGGAGAAACGUCGCCUGCGCACGGCGGCUGCAAGCACCCCAGGCACGCCGACUCUGCCACGUCAGCCUCGUCCGGACGAUGAAGGAGGGUCCGCCCAACGCGUCGCCGCUCAUGCAGUCGUCGCCGCCCGGGGUGCAGCGGGGGCGGAGGCAGAAGGUGCUGCUGGGGGGGCCACGCCUAGCGAGAAGAAUCCUGGUCGGGAGGGUGAUGACCCCUCUUCAAGUCGUCAUCGUCAGGGAGUGAUGACGAAGGAUCUUUUGGAGCGUGCCCUGCUGUGGGUUGACGACACAGCCUUCUGGACGACGGGGGAGGGGAGAAGACUGUACAACAUCGUCCAUGAAUCUCGCGAGUAUUUCGUGGCCAUCGCCAGUGUGCUACCAGCGCCUACCGUCCCUCGGAGCGCCGUCAUGCCGAAAUCAAGCGCGAAGGUGGCGCGGAUCUCCGACCAGUCACAACUGCAGCAAGCCACGAAACGCGCGACGACUUUCGAGAACGUUGUUAUGCGCAUCUUGCACGGCUGGGUGUUCAAGUCCGGAAACCGCCCGAGGGGUUACCAUCUCGCCUUCCAGUACACGCUGGAAUCCUUCGCCACGGACCUUGCGCGUGUUAUGUGGUGCGGCGAGGAGUGGAGUAACGCCAUCAGCGCCGCGGUUUGCGCGCACACGAUAGACUUGGGCAUGGACUUGUCGCUGUGGUUCGUCGGUGCGAGCGUUGAGGAUAGGCCUGACAACGACGACAUGGCGGCGUACCAGGAGUCCACUAUCAUAUGCAUCGCGCAUGCAUUCCGCGCGGCGAUCCAGAUGGGUGCUACCAUCGACGGAGGUUUCAUCUCGUACGAGCGUCUUUGUCGGGUGUCCGAUUGUUUCAAGCUGCUGCUGGCGGCGAGCAUGUGGUUGAUGCGCAUGGCAGGAGACGAUCAGCGCAGCCACUACGAAGCUUUCUACUUCGCAAAGCUAGUGGCUAAGUCCACGCUUGUCGCGUCCAUGCAUCGCGCCUUCGAGCAUCGCAAGAAGGUCCUCCACGCCGUGAACGUCGUGACGGAAAGGCUCGGGAAGGCGAACGCCACCCUUGGCGAGUAUCCAAAGUACAUCCCAGAUUGGACGGACUGCGGCAUCAGUUUCGGCCACGACGCUUCCAUAACAGGGCCGGACGAAGCGAAGAAGUUAGACUGGUUGGGUUCCGGCCCCCCCGACGACGACGACGGCGAAGCUGAUGGGAAGAAGGAGACAUAGGGGCGGGUUGGGGGGGUUGGGGUGGUUGACAUCCACGGUCGAUUGGGUUGGUGAUAUACACUGGCGGCGGAUGAUGCUUGACGGCG